GCUACACGAAAACGAUCGUCGCCAGUCGUCUACAGCGUCCCUCUUGGUCUGGGCUUGCUCGCGAAACUCCAAAAAUGCUCCAGUUACGAUACCGAUUCCUAUGUCUUCUCGUGGGACUACUCCUUUUAGGAGGAACAAGAGCCGAGGAUGUGGAGAGUCCAGGCACUGUUGAAGCUGAUCUCGGGGCUGAUGUGGAAGGUUCGCGUACUGAUGAUAAUGUAGUGGCCCGGGAAGAGGAGGCUAUCAAGCUGGACGGACUCAAUGUAGCACAGAUCAAAGAAAUGCGGGAGAAAGCAGAAAAGCAUGCAUUCCAAGCAGAGGUCAACCGGAUGAUGAAGCUUAUUAUCAAUUCUCUGUACAGGAACAAGGAGAUCUUUUUGAGGGAGUUGAUCAGCAAUGCCUCUGAUGCACUUGACAAAAUCCGUCUGCUGUCACUGACUGACAAGGAUCAGCUGAGUACUAACCCAGAGUUGGCCAUCAGAAUAAAAGCAGACAAGGACAACCACAUACUUCACAUCACUGACAGUGGUAUUGGCAUGACAAAAGCAGAUUUGGUCAAUAACCUUGGAACAAUUGCAAAAUCUGGAACUUCAGAAUUUUUCUCUAAACUGCAGGAGUCGGAGAAUGCAGAGGAGACAAGUGACCUCAUUGGACAAUUUGGUGUUGGCUUCUAUUCGGCCUUCCUUGUAGCUGACAGGGUUGUUGUUACAAGUAAAAACAAUGCUGAUAAACAGCAUGUAUGGGAAUCUGACUCUGCCGAGUUCUCCGUUGUUGAAGAUCCUCGUGGAGAUACCCUAAAGCGAGGUACCACAGUCUCUCUGCAUUUGAAGGAAGAAGCCUAUGACUUCUUGGAGGUUGACACUGUGAAGAACUUGGUGAGGAAGUACUCCCAGUUCAUAAACUUCCCCAUUUACCUGUGGGAGUCAAAAACAGAGGAGGUAGAGGAGCAGGUUGAAGAGGAUGAAGAAGGUAAAGUGGAGGAAGAGAGUGAAGAGAAGCCCAAGACGAAGAAAGUCUCAAAAACCACUUGGGACUGGAAUCUUGUGAAUGAUGCGAAGCCCAUUUGGACAAGGAAACCUUCAGAGAUUGAAGAUGAAGAGUAUAAUGAAUUUUACAAGAGCUUGAGCAAGGAUACCAAAGAUCCUUUGGCAAAGACUCACUUUGUGGCAGAAGGCGAGGUGACCUUCAAAUCCCUAUUGUUUGUCCCUGAAGUUCAGCCCUCUGAAUCCUUCAACAAGUAUGGAACCAAGACUGACAACAUCAAGCUAUAUGUUCGUCGUGUGUUCAUCACUGAUGAUUUCCAGGACAUGAUGCCUAAUUACCUGAGUUUCAUCCAUGGUGUGGUCGACUCUGAUGACCUCCCUCUUAAUGUAUCAAGAGAAACCCUUCAGCAGCAUAAACUCCUCAAGGUCAUUAAGAAGAAGCUUGUGCGCAAGACACUCGACAUGCUGAAGAAGAUGGAGCCAGAGGAAUACGAGAAGUUCUGGAAGGAGUAUUCCACAAACAUUAAGCUUGGUGUUAUUGAAGACUCUGCAAACCGUACCCGCCGCAAACUACUGAAAUUCUUGUCAUCUGCAAGCAAGGAUAAGGCUUCUUCCCUGGCUGAGUAUGUUGAACGUAUGAAUGAGAAGCAAGAGCACAUCUAUUACAUGGCAGGAUCCAGUCAGAGUGAGGUCGAGAACUCACCAUUUGUUGAGCGUCUCCUCAAGAAAGGUUAUGAGGUACUAUACCUUACGGAGGCCAUAGAUGAGUAUGCCAUCAAUGCCAUCCCUGAGUUUGAGGGCAAAAAGUUCCAGAAUGUAGCCAAAGAAGGCCUAACCAUCAAUGAAGGGGAGGCAGCCAAGGAACGCUUGGAGGAGACCAAGAAGCAGUUUGAGCCUCUGACCAAAUGGCUUAGUGAAGAGGCUCUGAAGGAUGACAUCAUGAAAGCUGAAGUUGGAGAGAGGCUGUUGGAAACACCAUGUGCCCUUGUUGCUUCCAAAUUUGGUUGGACAGGAAACAUGCAACGUAUUGUAACCUCGCAGACGCAUUCCAAGGCAAAUGAUGUGCAGAGGGACUAUUAUCUUAGUCAGAAGAAGACCAUGGAAAUAAAUCCUAGACAUCCACUUGUCAAGGAACUUUUGAGACGUGUUGAAGAUGAUCCAAAUGAUGCUAAAGCAAAAAAUAUUGCUUUGAUGAUGUAUCAUACAGCCACCCUGAGGUCAGGUUACAUGCUGAAAGACACUGUUCACUUUGCAAAAUCUGUAGAAGAGAUGAUGCGACAGACACUUGGCGUUUCUUUAACGGAACAAGUUGAGGAGGAACCAGAGAUUGAAGAGCAGGAAGAUGAGGAGGAUGAACAGUUAUUGGAGGAGGAGGAGGAUGAUGAUGAGGAAGAGGAGGAUGCUGGUGAAGUUGAAGAGAUGCACGAUGAAUUGUAAACCCAUUUUUUUAGUUUGGGUUUAUUUGCAAAUUUGGCAAAAAUCUUUGGUUCUACUUUAUAAUUGAACAUGGGCAUGGGUUUAUUUAUGAGGUAUGGAUUUUACCUAAAUGUCUGGCCCUUUCAUGCAUCAUUUGUUGAAUGUAAGGCGUGUUCAUCUUUGCAAUGUACUGGGUGUUCCAUAUGUAGAAGGUGAAUAUUCACUUUAGUGCCCAUCUAAGUAUGUUAGAAGCUGAAUGAUUUACGAAGUUCAUUUUUCAUUUCCUGAAUAGGAAGCACCGUAACUGCAGACAUUUUGGCAGCUGUAACUUGGGUACUUUACUGCUGUAUAGUGUGUUUGCGAUUACUAUUUAGGUUCAAAUUCACAUUACUGGUAUGAAGAAUGUAUUUCACAGAUGAGUUUAGGUACUAAGAGUUGUG